AAAACUACUGUCCUGUCAAGUAGCCAUUUCUGACGAACAACAUGAAAAGAUCCUCAAAGAACAUGAAAAACAGUUGGUUGAACUGGAAAAUAGUUUGACACUAAACAGGCUGAAACAAAAGCGCCUUCUGGAAGAAAAAAUUAUCCAGAGAAAAGCACAACAGUUGGAAGAACUACAACAAAAACAGAGUGCUGAACUUGCUAAAAUGAAGAAAGUGGCUGUUAACAAUGGAGAAGAAGAUGAUGAGGAAACAUACAGAAAGGAAAUGAUGCUGCUUAAAAAACAUACAGAACAACAACUAGCACUUGCUCAGGGUUUACAGUUAAACAUUGAACAGGAAUUGAAAGAUGUUCAAACAGAAAUGAUUCGAGACAGAGCUAUUGCACUCAAAGAACAAGAAGAAAGACUAAGUGCAUUUAUAGCCACUCUUCAAAUAAGGAAAGCAGAAGAGAUAACCCAAAUUGAAGAGCAGCAGAAAGCAAUAAUGAAACUGAAAAUGGGCAUGAUGGAUGAUCUCAGCGACAGAGGAAUUCUUUCUACUCAUGGAAUCAAACAAAUUCUCAGAAAUCAUGAACAGGAGCAUGAUGAACUAAACCAUAAAAUUGAGGUUGAAAGGAAAAUUAAUGAAGAAGCGUUCUUGUUAAAAUACAAGCAGCUCCUUAUUCAGAGGCAGCAGUCAGUUAUUCAGAAUCAAAAGGAGGAGAUUGACCACUUCUUGAAAGCCACUGCUAAUAAAGCUAGCGCCAAAUUCAAAUGUGCUCUCCUCAAACAUAAACAUGCUGUGGAGCUGGAGAAGUUCAGAAAAAAAAAAAAAAAAAAAAAAAAACAAACAAAAAAUCGGGAAAGUUUUAGAAGAGAUUUUGAGAUACAGAAAUGGAAAGCUAUUCAAACAAAGGAAAUCCAACUCCUAAGCAGACUUGUGAAAAUUGGAAAGUUUAGUCGCAGUGUACUUUUAGACGUCCUUCAUAUAUUAUUUCCUGGAACAACUGAAGAGACAGUUACUGAGUUAUUGAACCAGAUCUGUCAAGAAGAUAGCAGUACAAACAAGAAAGGAGAUUCAUCAUCUGUGAGCACACUGGCUGACAAAAUUAGUGAGAUACAAUACUCACAGCUAAGUCCGCUGCACAGUUACAGUACAAUCAGAAGUCAGAAAGGUUACAGUUCUCCAUAUACUUCUGAAGAAGAUGGGUACAGCUUAUUCAAACUUGACAGAUACCAUGAAGAAGAUGAAGAGGUUAGACUAAUAUUGGGUAGAGCUGUAAGUAAGAAUCACUCACAGUCAAGUUCUAAUUACCCAGGGAGAUUACCUCCGUUACAAAAUCAGGAUAAACCUGCAUCUAAAAAGAAGAAAAGUUUUUCUGAAGAAGUUAGCAAGUGGAAGCAAAUCAGGUAUCUGAGCAAAUAG